GCAGGUUUCUGCUGGGAUGGAUCCUUCCCUUUAAUCAUCAGCUGAUGCAGUUUCUCAAGGAAAAGUUUGUUGACAAGGAUUUCGAGGAUAAUGUUAUUCUUCAAGAUUUCAUUAUUCCAAUCAAAAAUGUGAAGGGUGCACUGGAACUUAGUCGUGAUAUUGUGGAUGUGUGGCCGAUCUGGAUGGUACCCUGCAAACUCUGGCACGAUUGGCAACCCGAGAGCCUUAAGCCAAGGGCUGGAAAGGAUGUCAUGUACUUGGACUUCGGAGUAUACGGGCUCACCUUCCUGCCUUCAUUCCAGGGCCGUGACAAGACUUUGAAAAUGUUCGAGAAAUGGACUUUGGAAAAUGAAGGUUACCAGGCUUUGUAUGCUGAAACCUUGAUGUCCUACGCCGAGUUCUGUGAGAUGUUCCCACGUGGUCUCUACGAUUCUGUUCGUAACCGUCUCCCCCUGUGCAAGGAAGCGUUCCCCGAGACCUAUGAGAAGGUGAGCAGAGAGGGCAGGAACGCUUUCAACAAGAAACACAAGUAGAUCAAGUAGAUCAGAAAUAUAAAAAGCUGCUCCAAAUCUAGACCAGAUGGCUGCUAUGAAUUCACUCGGGCUGUUUGAUACACAAGAGCAGCUUUAAAUCAACCAGAGUAGCUUUCCAUAAACCAGAGAAGUCUUAAAUCUACCUGUGUGCAGCUUUGUAACAACCAUAAAGCUGCUUCAAACCUUUUAUCAACAUCGAAAAGCUUCCGGAGUAUUUUCCUAAACAGCUUAAAGUAAUCAAAAA